UAACUACAUUUCCCAUAAGGCGUCGCGGUUUCUUACGUCAUUAACGUGCGCAGAGCUGAGGUGGCGUUGAGGAGGGUUGUUUUCUGGCUGCUUACCUGAAAUCUCCGCGUCAGGUGUCAUCAUGACUAAACUUCUGGAGUGGCUGUUCGGCGUGUCGCUGGUGGGCGCACUCUGGGCUCUGGUCACUUUCGACCUGUUGGACCUGAGCCUGCCGCAGACCUACAGAGAAGUCGCCUGGCCGAUGCCGCUGUACCUGCUGGUGUCAUUUGGCUGCUACUCCCUAGCCACGGUGGGGUACCGGGUGGCCACCUUCAAUGACUGCGAGGAGGCGGCGAUAGAGCUUCAGGAACAGAUAAAAGAAGCCAAAGAGGACUUGAGGAAAAAGGGCUUAAAGAUGUAAAACUCGAGAAAGACUAUAUAGAAACCACGAACUACGUGAAUCCACGGACCACUGUCACACACACACAACCCAGCGUCUGCACGUGUGAUAAUGACGUCACUCAGAACACCUGUGUGAAAUGUGUUUGAUGAGACUGAACUCUGAACUGACACCCUCGUUACUGAUCCCAACAGACUCGAUCUGAACAUCAGUCUUAAUAUCCCAUCAUGCAGCAGUGUUUGUCAUUACACCAUCUUUUUCACUGGCAUGUCGUUCAGAUUAGAUAUUGAUCAGAUGUGCUUCAGGAAAUGAGAAAUUAAUGAACCUAUGGAUGAUUUUCUGGGUCACUCAAAUGACAAGAAAUAAGAUUGAUCUUUAUUAAAACUGUCUAUCAUUCAUUUAAAGUCCUCAACAUGAAUGAAUUAUAUUCACCAACAUCAGAUUCUGUGUGUAGUAGCUGGUUGUACUGAUUAGCACAUUAAAAGAAGCUAAACAGUGAGCACACACGCAUGCUGUCUUAGUUGGCGACUACACAGUUGAAUACCACUGAGUUCAUAUCCCUGGUAUGCUGAAUUAUCAUCUGUAACCAGUUGUGCAUCACUGAACAAAUGAAAACCUAAAGGUCACAUUGGAACAAUCUGACUUAAGAGUUUUUCUUCUGGGAAUUGUCAGAUGCUUUCAAUCUGCGUCAGCUCCGAAACAGUACCGCACAGUGUGGAGCUUGUUGUGUGUGUCUGGAGAUUGUUGCCUGUCAGUAUAGAUGGACUAGAUUUUAUCUGUAAAGCAGUGUACAUUCCGUUGUCCAAUUCCAGACUGUGUGCCCUGAGGCUAUUGCUGGGAGUUAAUUAAAAUCGAGUCUAUUUUCUUCA